UUGCGGAACCGCAUCCAUAACCGCAUAUUACAGUUGGUUAUCCCGAUAUCACAGUUUCAUUAUGGUGAAAUUGCGGUUGGUUUUUACGGUUUUGCGGUUUUCCAGUUUCGCCUUAGAAAAUGCCAGCUCUAGUUAAAACCAUACCUGCUUGGGUCUGGGCAUCUUUGAGGAAAAUAAAUUAAACCCUUAUUGGGCUUUUUUCAUUUCUUCUUCUGAGAUUCUUGAUUGAAUUUAGCUGCUGGGUGUGAUGAAAGAAAUAAAACUGGGGUUGGCGAUUCUGCUGGUUCUUGCAACCCUUCAAAACGCAAGUUCGCAUGGGGAGCAGCCUCUUUCAAGAAUUUCUAUUCAUAAGGCAACCUUUGCUCUUCAUGAACUUGCUUAUAUUCAAGCCUCUCCUACAGUACUAGGAUUAAGAGGGGAAAACACAGAAUGGGUGACGUUGGAAUUUGGUUCUAAAAACCCAUCAGUUGAUGAUUGGAUUGGUGUCUUUUCUCCUGCUAAUUUCAGUGCUUCCACCUGCCCUGAGGAAAAUCCAAGAGUUUAUCCUCCAUUUUUGUGUUCUGCGCCUAUUAAGUUUCAGUAUGCAAAUUACUCCACUCCUGAGUACAAAGACACUGGAAAAGGUUUCUUGAAGCUUCAGCUGAUCAACCAGAGAUCGGACUUCUCUUUCGUGCUAUUCUCUGGUGGUUUAUUGAAUCCAAAGGUGGUAGCGGUGUCAAAUCAUGUAGCUUUCGCUAAUCCAGAUGCACCAGUUUACCCACGCUUAGCACAAGGAAAAGAAUGGAAUGAAAUGACUGUAACUUGGACAAGUGGAUAUGGGAUCAAUGAGGCAGAACCAUUUGUUGAAUGGGGUGCAAGCGGAGAAAGUAUGCGUUCCCCAGCUGUGACGCAAACUGUCGAUCGUAAUAGCUUGUGUGGUGCACCUGCAAGAACAGUGGGAUGGCGUGACCCUGGAUUCAUACACACUAGUUUUCUGAAGGAAUUGUGGCCAAAUAGAGUGUAUACGUACAAGCUGGGGCAUAGAUUGUUCAAUGGUACAUAUAUUUGGAGUCAGACAUAUCAUUUUAGAGCAUCUCCUUAUCCUGGCCAAAAUUCCUCACAACGUGUAGUCAUUUUUGGUGACAUGGGAAAGGAUGAAGCUGAUGGUUCCAAUGAAUAUAACAAUUUCCAGAGAGGCUCUCUUAACACUACAAAGCAGCUUAUUCGAGACUUGAAAAACAUUGAUAUUGUGUUCCAUAUUGGGGAUAUAUGUUAUGCAAAUGGUUACCUUUCACAAUGGGAUCAGUUUACUGCACAGAUUGAGCCAAUAGCAUCAACUGUUCCUUACAUGAUUGCAAGUGGAAACCAUGAACGUGACUGGCCAGGAACAGGUUCCUUCUAUGAGAACAUGGAUUCAGGAGGAGAAUGCGGUGUGUUGGCUGAAAAUAUGUUCUAUGUUCCCACGGAGACCAGAGCUAAAUUUUGGUACUCAACUGACUAUGGCAUGUUCCACUUCUGCAUAGCAGACACAGAACAUGAUUGGAGAGAGGGAACAGAGCAAUACAAAUUCAUUGAGCACUGCUUAGCAUCAGUCGAUAGGCAGAAGCAACCGUGGCUAAUCUUUCUUGCACAUCGGGUUCUGGGAUAUUCCUCUUGCAUCUCUUAUGCAGAAGAAGGAUCAUUUGAGGAACCAAUGGGGAGGGAGAGCCUCCAAAAUCUCUGGCAGAAGUAUAAGGUUGACAUUGCCCUCUACGGCCACGUUCAUAACUAUGAAAGAACCUGCCCCAUAUACCAGAACAUUUGCACCAAUGAAGAGAAGCAUUCUUACAAGGGCAGCUUGAAUGGAACAAUACAUGUGGUUGCUGGUGGUGCGGGAGCAAGCCUGUCAACUUUUACCACUCUCCAAACAAAAUGGAGCAUUUUCAAAGACUAUGAUCAUGGAUUUGUUAAACUCACAGCAUUUGACCACUCGAACCUUUUGUUCGAGUACAAGAAGAGCAGGGAUGGGCAGGUUUAUGACUCUUUCAGAAUUUCCAGAGAUUAUAGGGACAUCUUGGCCUGCACUGUUGAUAGUUGCCCAAGCACCACACUGGCCUCAUGAUCUGGAUAUACAGAAACAGAAUUAAAUAUUUGUAACAAUGGAACGUGAUCUUUCUAUGUAUAAAAUAUAGAAGAUUAUUAGUGACAAUGUUUCUGUGUCUUAAGUACCACAAAUUUUUUCCUGACUGAUUCAAUUAGGACGUGCUUUGAACGUUCCUGUGGUAGUUGAAGUUCAAUGCACCUGCAUGGUUUUAUUAAGAUCUAUUAUAUUCUUCUUCUGCA